AUGACAGACUCACGCCUUUUUAAGCCAAUGAAAAUUGGCAACAUCCAAGUCCAACAUCGCAUCGGUAUGGCUCCCAUGACUCGCCUUCGAGCAACCGUGGACCGUAUCCCCAAUGCCUUGAUGAAGGAGUACUACAGUCAACGCGCUUCUGUUCCCGGAACUUUGAUAAUCACCGAAGGCACGCUCGUCUCGCCUGCUGCAGGUGGUGGCUUUGCCAGAACACCCGGAAUUUGGACACAGGAGCAAGUAAAUGCCUGGAAGACCAUCACCGAUGAAGUACAUAGCAAAGGCAGCUAUAUACUCGUACAGCUUUUCGCCAUGGGCCGAGCUGCUACUGUUCAAGUUGCGAAAGAGGAGGGAAUUGAUAUCAUUGCUCCGAGCCAACUCUCAUUCGAAGGGGGUGCUGAGCCUAGAGCUAUGACUCUACCGGAGAUCUAUGACAUGAUCGAGGCUUUUGAGACUGCCGCAAAGAAUGCAGUGGCUGCUGGUUUUGAUGGAAUUGAAAUCCAUGGUGCAAACGGAUAUCUUCUUGAUCAAUUCCUCCAGGAUGUCAGUAACCAUCGUGAUGAUGAAUUCGGCGGAAGCAUUGAGAACAGAUCGCGCAUGCUCACCGAAAUCCUAAAACGCGUCGCCGCAGCCAUCGGCCCAGAGCGUGUUGGCCUUCGUCUCAGUCCAUGGAGUACCUUCCAAGGUAUGCGCAUGGUAGACCCGAUUACUCAAUUCAGCGACAUCAUCACAAAAGCGACGAACCUCAACCUCGCUUAUCUCCAUCUGAUUGAGUCACGGAUCUGCGGCAGCACGGAUGAUAUCAACAAUGGGCAGGAAAGACUUGACUUUGCUUAUGAUCUCUGGAAGGGACCUUUGCUCAUUGCUGGUGGGUACAAGAUAGAUGGUGCAAGGAGUUUGGUCGACGUUGAACAUCCAGAGAGGGAUAUCGUGGUCAUGUUUGGGAGAGAUUUCGUGGCGAACCCUGAUCUGGUGUUGAGGUUGCAGCAUGGAUUGGACCUCAAUCGAGGUGAGAGGAAUACUUACUAUACAAGUGACUCGACUGGAUAUGUAGAUUAUCCUUUUACCGCUGGGAUCACUGUUGCAGCUUAA